CUUCCUCCUCUGCGGUUCGGUCGCAUUCGCCUUUACUCCCUCUCCUCCGCGUGUGCGUGACGCCGCCGUCUGCGGGCUCCAGGCGCCGCCUCCUCCAAACAUGGCGCCCGCACGCAGCUGCGCUGCCUCCCCGACAUACGACGCAGAAAGACGGGGACACGACGCGGGUCGAAGCUCGCCCUGAAUGCGCGUCACACGCUUGUUUGGAACGAACUCAACAAAACACUCUGAAGCAGUCGAGCGGGGAUUUUACGCGCAGCCUUUGGAGACGAGCGCGCGUCGGGCUGCGCGUAACGCAGAUCCCACCUGUCAGACGAAGGUAGACGUCACUCCGUGUCUGCGACCAUGUGGGUGUCCCUGACUUCUCUGGACGAACGCAGCGGCUGAGCGGACACUGGACGCAUCAGGAGCAGGAGCCCAGAGGCCAUGGAGGACUGAGCCUUUCCGGGAAACCACUUUUUCCACUCGUCCACGCGAGGAUGGAUGGAGAACAUUCUGCGCUGUCAGGAGUUGAGAGGGAAAGAGAGCGGCUUCCACCCAUUUUCCACAGCGCGCCUCCUGCUGGUUUGGGCCGAGGAGCCAAGCAGCCGCUUCCUUCUCUGGGCGCCUUCAUGUCCACACUGAGCCAGCGCAGGGACGUGGGGGUCCGGGCCUUCCCCGUGAGCAGCGGCCUGGGGCUCCGACACGGCCGAGAGCUGCCUCCGCUCUGCAGCGACGUUCGCCAGAAGCAGCGUCUGUCCAUCGACACGCUGCCGGCGGAGGUCAGAGCUCCGUUCCCCUCGGAUCCCGUCAUCCCGCUGCGCAGCAAGACCCCCAAGGAGUUUCAGGAGGACGUGGAGCGUUCCGUCCAAUCAGGGGACUGGAGGGAGGUCAGGGACUUCUACCUGACCACCUUCGACUCCUUCGUAGAAAUCAACGCUGCCUUCAAGCGGGAGGCGAACGGAUCCUUCAACACCACAGACGACUCAGGAGUCAACGCCAAGUUUGUCAACGCUGUUUACGACGCGCUGCUCAGCACACCUCAGGACAUCCAGAAGUCGGUGCUCAAAGGCAUCAUCAACAGCCUGCUGAGGGAGUGGAAGGGGCCUCGGACCAAAGACGACCUACGAGCCUACUUUGUUCUGGUUCAGAACCCACAGUAUUCCAGCACCAGCACCUACGUGAUCUACGCUCACCUGCUGAGGCAGAUCGCAGCCCUGUCUGAGGCCGACCAUCACUUUCUGGUUCACUGGCUCAAGAAGCUGUCCGUGCGGCGCUUCAAGCAGCUGGUCGAGCGCCUCCUUCAGUUCAUCUCCACUCGGCUCUUCCCUGCUGAUCCAGAGGAGCUUCCACCUUUGGCCAAGUCUUCCUGGUGGAUUCCGUGUGCCACCAAAGUGCUCGGCCUGUUCAAUGCAGCCAACAGCGUCUCCUCUCCUCCCAUCAUGCCUUUCACCGACUUCUACAACAUCACGCUGGAGCACAUAGACUUCAUGGAGCAGUACCGGACCUGGCAGAACUACGGCGGCUCCAGCAGGUUUUCCUUCUGUCAGUUCCCCUUCAUCCUUUCAACGGUGGUGAAGAAAGCCAUCAUCCAGAAGGACUCGGAGCAGCAGAUGAUCAGCCAGGCCCGGCAAAGCCUGGUCAGUAAGGUGUCUCGCAGGCAGAGAGUGGACAUGGACCUCCUGUUCCUCAACAUUAAAGUACGACGGACGCAACUCCUCAGCGACUCGCUGGAUGAGCUGAUGAGGAAGCGGUGCGACCUGAAGAAGAAGCUGCGGGUCACGUUUGUCGGGGAGGCCGGACUGGACAUGGGCGGCCUGACCAAGGAGUGGUUCCUGCUGCUGGUGCGGCAGAUCUUCCACACAGACUACGGGAUGUUCACCUAUAUGAAAGACUCGCGCUGCCAUUGGUUCAGCAGUUGGAAGUGCGACAACUACUCCGAGUUCCAGUUGGUCGGGACCCUGAUGGGGCUGGCGGUCUACAACAGCAUCGCUCUGGACAUCCACUUCCCUCUGUGCUGCUACAGGAAGCUCCUCACGCCACCUACUGCGCCAUGUGACCAAAUUGCUCUUGUCGGCAUGGCAACCGCCAGCUUGGACGACCUGCAGCAGAUCAUGCCGGAGCUGGCUCACGGACUGGGGGAGCUGCUGAGCUACGAGGGGAACGUGGAGGACGACUUCUACCUCACCUUCCAGGUGAUCCAGGAGGAGAUGGGCUUGGUGAAGUCCUAUAACCUGAAGCCCGGAGGAGACAGAAUUCCCGUCACAAAGCAAAACAGGAAGGAGUUCGUGCAGCUCUACGUCGACUUCCUGCUCAACAAGUCCAUUUAUAAGCAGUUCGCCGCCUUUUACCACGGCUUCCACAGCGUGUGCGCCUCCGAUGCGCUGAUGCUGCUGCGGCCGGAGGAGGUGGAGAUGCUGGUGUGCGGCAGCCCGGAGCUGGACAUGAGCGCUCUGCAGAGAGCUGCUCAGUACGAAGGCUACAGCAGAACCGACGCCACCGUGCGGUGUUUCUGGGACGUGGUGCUCGGUUUCCCUCUGGAGCUGCAGAAGAAGCUUCUCCACUUCGCCACAGGAAGCGACCGGGUUCCUGUUGGAGGAAUGGCCGACCUCAACUUCAAAAUCUCCAAGAUGGACGGUCCGACUGACUGGCUGCCGAUAUCUCACACCUGUUUCAAUCAGAUCUGUCUGCCUCCGUAUCGAACCAGGAAGGAGCUCAAACACAAGCUGACUAUAGCCAUCUCCAACGCCGAGGGCUUCGGCCUGGAGUGAGUGUCGUCCACACAGCUGUCACAUCUGGAUCUGUGAUCAGGAGGACUGUGGGGAAGCUUUCUCAGCAGAUGCCUUUCCUCAUUCGCGGCAGAUUGUUCACAUGAACGCUAGACGCUAAGUUGCACAUAGGCGUUGUUAGUUGUUUUUCAGGUGUAGUAUGUGAAACGCUCCCAGCGUCUGUAAGAAAAGCUCAAAGUGUUCCUGCUCCUUCUCCAUUGAAAAGCAUAUCAGCUGUUCUCAGUCAUUUGUGUGGAAACACAAACCAUAGAAGCUUGUUUGUCUCCUGUCGGUUCGGCGGUGUAAUUCACCUGUUUUUUGCUUUUAGACACAGUUAAAGUCUUUAAUGUGGUUCGAUGUGAAGCUUCGCUCAAUCAUGUUUGUUCCUGCUGUUUGUGACAUUGCUGUCGUUUAAUGAAGGAACGACAGCAGCAUUCUUAAUAUUAGCGGACGAAGCAGGACGAGUAAAGAAACCGUCUAAACGCU